AUGACCAAGCCUCCAAGCCAUGAUAAAUCCCCAGAGAACCUUAAAGCGGCGUUGACAGAAUUCAUCGAGAUUCUUGGACAAGAUAAUGUCAUGACUGACCACGAAAUCAUGAAGUCAUAUGCCGGAUCGGAUUGGUCAUCAUAUGCCCCGAAAGAGAACGAGGUACCCGCCAUUGUGUUGACUCCAGGCUCGACCGAGGACGUGUCCCGUAUUAUGAAAGUAUGCCAUAAGCGAGUGAUCCCAGUGACCGCAUAUGCGGGAGGCACGAGCCUGGAAGGACAUUUUGCUGCCACCAAAGGCGGAGUAUCAAUCGAUUUUCAACGGAUGGAUCAAAUAGUCGCCCUCCACAAAGACGAUUUAGAUGUCGUGGUCCAGCCUGGGGUGGAAUGGGAGGCAUUGAACGAAGAACUCGCGCAAACCGGGCUUUUCUUCCCUCCCGAUCCGGGGCGCGGCGCGAAGGUUGGAGGUAUGGUCGCUACUGGCUGCUCUGGAACCAAUGCAUACUACUAUGGCACCAUGCGCGAAUGGGUGCUUUCCUUGGUGAUAGUUCUCGCGGAUGGCACGGUCAUAAAAACGAGGCAGCGACCUCGCAAAUCCAGCGCAGGAUAUGACUUGACCAAAACUUUCAUCGGCAACGAAGGCACCCUAGGCCUUGUCACUGAAGCCACCCUGAAACUAACCAAUUAUCCCGAGAAUCAGACCGUGGCUGUGGCGUCCUUCCCAUCCAUCCACAGCGCAGCUGGUUGUGCUUCAGCAGUAGUGAGAAAGGGAGUGCAUAUCGCGGCUGUUGAACUCCUCGAUGACGUCCAAAUGGAGACCAUCAACGCCAGCGGACUGACCAGUCACCCUUUUGAAGAAUUUCCAACGUUGUUCUUCAAAUUUUCGGGCACUCCCUCCGGGACCCAGGAGCAGAUCUCCAUGAUCAAAGAUCUUGCCGAAAGAGAAAAAGUCAAAACCUUCCAAUUUGCUCGCGAUCCUGACGAGGUCGACAAACUGUGGGGCACGAGGAAGUCGGUCCUGGACAGUAUUGUCCAAAGGAAAAAGGACCCUUCUGAUCGCGUGUGGACCACCGAUGUUGCUGUCCCUAUCAGUCGGCUACCUGAUAUCAUCGAGGAAACAAGAGAGGACAUCAACAAAUCUGGUGUGGUCGGCGGCAUUGCUGGUCAUGUCGGCGAUGGCAACUUUCAUGCAAUGCUUGUAUUCAGCAAUCAGGAACAAAAAAUAGUCGAGGAACUCAUCCAUCGCAUGGUAAAGCGCGCGAUUGAAAUGGAGGGAACAUGUACCGGAGAGCACGGUAUUGGGCUAGUCAAGCGAGAUUAUUUACCGCAUGAAGUCGGUGAGUCCACCGUUGAUGCAAUGCGCAAGAUGAAACAAGCCUUUGAUCCCCUGUGUCUGUUGAAUUGCGACAAAGUGAUCCGGAUGCAGGUUCCAAAGCGGGAGGAAGUAUCCGAGUGGUAG